AUGGCCCUCUUUCGGGCGCUGGAGAGAAGGAGGGCCGGCGUCCUAAGACAAAGAUCUACUGCGGAUAAAUUGCGAACGUCCCGGGUGAGCCAGCUAGACCUCGACAUCAACGUAGAGAUAAAGUCGCCGCAUCACGGGCCUGUCACUUGGCUAGAUGUCGACAGCGCUGAGGAACGAUACCUUCUCACGGGCGGUGCUGACUGCACGGUUGCGGUGUUUGAUCUGGAUGGAGCGGGCGAGAAAAGACCGUCGUUGGCUAGCGGUGACGACAACAACUCGGGGCCGAGAAGACAUGGCCCCGCAGCGGAGACGGUAGCAGCCAGACGGCGGCGCCCGAAAGUGCUUCGCGAAGUAGGCCGCACCCCCAGGGUGCCGCUGUCGCAGAGCAGCGGCGGCGGCGGCGGCGGCUCGUACGGCGGGCACCGGCACAGCGUUUCUGUGGUCCAGUGGUACCCGGUGGACACCGGCCUGUUCGUGUCCGGAGCGAUGGACGGUGUCGUAAAGGUGUGGGAUACCAACACUCUCGGCGUCGUUCUGGAGUUCGACUUCAAGGAUAAGGUCUACUCCGCAUCGAUGUCGCCCACCACCGGUCAGCACCACCUCAUCGCCGUUGGGAGCGAUAGUCCCCAGGCGCGCUUGUGCGACAUCCGCUCGGGCGCCUUUGCGCACGCUCUGUCUGGGCACUCGGAAGCGGUUUCGGCUUGCGCUUGGUCCCCGAGGUCGGAGUUUCUUCUGGCUACGGGGUCGGCCGAUCAAACGGUGCGGCUUUGGGACAUCCGUCGCUCAGGAGCCUCGGCGUGCCUCAUCAGCCUGGAUCAGCACCAGGAGGACGACGAAGAGGAACAAGACGAGGAAGAGGAUGACCACACCGUUCGUUGCGGUUCGGGCGUGGGGGGGUCGGCGGAUGGGAGUGACGACGGACGGGGCUCGGGCGUGCGCGGGAGCGGAAAGCGGAAAAGGGGCUACUUGAAGCACAUCAAGCUCGCGCCACACGCGAGCAGGGCGUCCAAGUUUGCCCGCGCCCACGCCGGUCCGGUUAACUCGCUCUGCUUUGCCCCCGAAGGGCUUCAUCUCCUCACUGCGGGGACAGACAACAGGUUGCGGCUGUGGGAGGUAGAGACGGGGCGCAACACCAUGACUAACUACCUCCAGACGAAGAACAAGCGGAGAAGGCCCUUCGGCAUGGCCGUCGGGAGGCCGGCGGGUCGUCGGUCCGAAACGGUGUUUUUCCCGAAUGACAAGAGCGGGGACGUCCUCGUAUUCCCGCUUCACACUCCGGAUGGACGCCCGAAGGGGAAGCUGCGGGGCCACUUUGAUCCGGUGCAGUGCUGCGCUUACCGACCCCGAACACAGGAGGUGGUCACGUGUGGGGCCGACGGCCUUGUGCUCCUCUGGUCCGCCGCGGGGCCCCCGUGGGCGUCUCGGGCGUCAUACCUACCCCCCCCCCUUGCGGCCGGCGCUGGCGGCACGAAGCGGAGGCUGGGCGAAUCCACGGAGGACCAAGACAUGUGGAGCAGCGACGACGAGGGAGGGGACGGGAGCCGAACGUCCCCGGCUUUCGAUUCGCUAGAAGGCGUUGGGAAUAGUACUAUUAGCAGUGGUACCGGUAGAAGUGGUAGUCGGAGAGGGGGUCGUAGUCCCGGAGGUAGUGGCGGAGCGUUCGUUCCAAGAAUUUUGACGCAGCCCAGGCGAGCAGGCCCGGGAGUUCGAGGGCGGUAG